AUGCCUGCACUUUGUCUAUGCGGAGUUGUUCCCUAUGGAAGUACAACUAAGCACUCAAGAGAUCUUAAGGCGGGUAGAGGAAGCUAUGGAAGAAUUCAAAUCAGCAAGAAGACAUUUGAAGAAGCUCUAAGCAUAGUAGAGGCUACAAAUAGAGGGAAGUUGACAGUUGAAGAGGCUCUGCGCAAGUGGCGAUUCGAGCAUGACAAAAAAAAAAGCAAUGGGAAGCGCAAGGUGUCAUUGGGUCAAAUACUUAGUAAACCCAGUGGUGAUCUCCAUGCUACUGCUCUAAAGGGUGAAAAGGAUGGUGGUCACAAGCAACUCCCCACAAAGAGAAAGAAGUUUGGGUUUGCUCAGAUCUUGUUCCUUGUGACAAAGCAAGGUAAGAAAAAGAAGAAACAAACUGUGAUUUCAAGAUGCCACAGUGGUUAA